GUGGUGGUCAUGGACUAGAUGAAGAAUGCCGCACGUUUGGGAGUUCGUUCUGAUUCUCAACGUUAAUGUCAUCUUUUUAGAAGCACAGCCGGUGUCAUCAAAGCUUCACGAUGGUUGGUGGGCAUACAAAGAUGUUGUCCAGGGGAGCUUUAUACCUGUGCCAUCUUUCUGGGGACUAGUAAACACUGCCUGGAAUCUUUGUGCAAUUGGGAAGAGACAGUCACCUGUAAAUAUCGAAACUAGUCGUAUGAUUUUCGACCCCUUCCUCAACCCCCUACAGCUCAAUGCAGGGCAACGGAAGGUCAGUGGAACCAUGUACAAUACAGGUCGGCACGUUUCCCUGCGCCCAGACAAGCUGCACCUGGUGAACAUCUCUGGUGGGCCGCUGAGUUACAGCUACAGGCUGGAGGAGAUCCGGCUUCACUUUGGCAGUGAGGACAGUCGGGGCUCAGAGCACCUGCUCAACGGCCAGGCCUUCCCUGGAGAGGUGCAACUCAUCCAUUAUAAUCAGGACUUGUAUUUAAAUUACAGUGAUGCUGCCAGGAGUCCUAAUGGAAUUGCAGUUGUUUCUAUUUUCAUGAAGAUUUCAGAGCCUACAAAUUCAUUUUUAAACCGUAUGCUGAGCAGAGAAACCAUUACAAGGAUUACAUAUAAAUAUGAUGCAUACUUACUGAUGGGGCUCAAUAUUGAUGAGCUAUAUCCAGAAACCUCCCGUUUUAUUACGUAUGAGGGCUCGAUAACUAUUCCACCGUGCCUUGAGACAGCCACCUGGAUCUUAAUGAACAAGCCAAUAUACAUCUCACAGAUAGAGAAUUUCUUAAAGUACUUCAAAGAGUUCUCAUAAAAAAAUCCUCCACGUGCAGCAAUGACAGCUUUGCAGAUCCUUGGCAUUCUAGCUGUCAGUUUGUCAAGAUACUCAGGUGACAUUUCACCCCACGCUUCCUGUAGCACUUGCCAUAGAUGUGGCUGUCUUAUUGGGCGCUUCUCAACACCUUACAGUCUAGCUGAUCCCACAAAAGCUCAAUGGGGUUAAGAUCCAUAACACUCUUUUCCAAUUAUCUGUUGUCCAAUGUCUGUUUCUUUGCCCACUCUAACCUUUUCUUUUUGAUUUUCUGUUUCAAAAGUGCCUUUUUCUUUGCAAUUCUUCCCAUAAGGCCUGUACCCCUGAAUCUUUUCU